AUGAGCCGUGCAAGAGUGUAUGCCGACGUAAACUUGAGAAAACCGAAGGAAUAUUGGGAUUAUGAAAGCCUUCAAAUUGACUGGGGUUCUCAAGAUAAAUACGAAAUUGUUCGAAAAGUAGGCCGAGGAAAAUACAGUGAAGUUUUUGAAGGAAUCAACGCCGAAACAAAUGAACGAUGUAUCAUCAAAGUACUCAAACCUGUCAAGAAGAAGAAAAUCAAGAGAGAAAUUAAAAUUCUACAAAACCUUUGUGGAGGAACCAACAUUGUAAAACUUUUGGAUGUUGUUAGAGAUCCUGAAUCUAAAACUCCAUCACUGGUCAUGGAAAAUGUUGAUAACACCGAUUUCCGUUUUUUAUAUCCAACCUUCUCUGAUUUUGAUAUUAGAUAUUACAUGUAUGAAUUAUUGAAGGCUCUAGAUUUUUGCCAUUCGAUGGGAAUAAUGCACCGAGAUAUUAAACCACACAACGUCAUGAUUGACCACAAACAAAAGAAAUUACGUGUCAUUGACUGGGGUCUUGCAGAAUUCUAUCAUCCUGGUCAAGAAUACAAUGUAAGAGUUGCUUCAAGAUAUUUCAAAGGACCAGAACUUUUGGUAGAUUUCAGAGAAUAUGAUUACUCUCUGGAUAUGUGGAGUCUUGGAUGCAUGUUUGCCGGUAUGAUUUUCAGAAAGGAACCAUUCUUCCAUGGUCGUGAUAACUAUGACCAGCUAGUUAAAAUUGCAAAAGUGUUAGGAACUGAGGAAUUGUAUGACUAUUUGGACAAGUAUUCUAUUACACUCUCUGCACACUAUGAGGGUAUUCUUUCAAGAAACAGAUAUCCAAGAAAGCCAUGGCACUCUUUUGUUAACAAGGAUAAUUCGCAUCUUGCCAAUGAUGAAGCCAUCGACUUUUUGGACAAAUUACUUCGAUACGAUCAUCAACAACGAAUGACAGCUAAGGAAGCCAUGCAACACCCUUACAUCAGUAGCAUAUUUAGCAAGUUGAAUGAAACAAGUCAAAGCUCUACCGGAAAUAUGGACACACGUGAAUAG